GGCCGAAUGCCUCCCCGUUCAACACCACCACCAACGAGAAGCCCAAACCAUGACCCUUCAGUUUUUCGGGAUUUGUUGUUAUUCGAAGAAAGACUCAAAAGUACGGCGGCAAGCCUCCAAAAACGCAAAUCUCGAUAUCAAUUAUUUUUGUUACAGUUGCUCAUAAUCAUUGCUUUUCUAUUAUGGGAGGUGUUAAUGCCAACCUCUUCGUCUCUAUUGGCAAUACCAUACAACGCUCUUCUGCAACGAUGCUUGCCCGAUUUAUAUCGACCUGAUAGACCUGUCAUGUUACAUCCAUACUUCACAAGCGGGCUUCUUUUCGUGAGCAUCGCGACCUUGGUCCUUUUCUUUGCAAGUGGAAUGUAUUCUGAAAAGAUCGCCUAUGCAAACAAAUACGUUCCACAUGCCAACCGAGCGUUACGUUCAUUCAAUAUGUAUUUGAACGUUCGAAAACCACCCCUUGCAAGCAAAUUCUACUUCAACAUCUCCUUCUUCUUCCCACGACCAGAGGAAACACCCACUCGACGGCCACAGAGCCGCGAUUCAUCGCCCCGGUCAUCUCGAGCCUCAUCACCAUCUGGCGAUGAACUGCAACCGCAAGCCCGUCGACGUUCUCAAUCAAUCGGCAAAGCCAUCCCAAUAUCACCCAUACCCCCCGCAAGCAACCCACGAGGAGAACUCAUCUUCUCUUCCAAAGUAGACAAACAAUUCCGCGAAUCCUACGAACGUUACAGAUCCGCUUUUGAGAGACGAAGAGACGAACUGGGUCGCAUGCAGAGACACGCACGGUGGUGGGGGAAAUUGAUGUUUUGGCGGAAACCACCACCACCACCACCAGCACAUCACGUUAGGACGACAUCCAUGACUAGUACGUCUAGGAGAAGUCGAACGGGAACACCAUCCACACCUAGCCCGAGGAGCGGGUCACCGCCUGUCAUCGGUCGCUCGAGGUCCAGUCGGUUGGGUACACCAACCAGGAGUGGUAUGUCGCUAAUUUGACGUUGUGUGGUUUGAUUACCCAUGCAGACUAAGUAUCAGGUACACCUAGUGGAUCCAAGAUCAUAACCGAGUAGAAUUCGUACUUGUACUUGAACCGUCGCCGCGAAACUAGAGAUCUCUUUUCUAAAAUCUAAAAUGCCUAGAACAGAGUAUGAAAUGAAGCCCUGAAUACAUGCCAUGCUCAAAAGACGUGCUUUGAUUCGUUGUAUACAGCACUGAUAUCCACCAGAAUCGCGAUACGGAGAAGAAAAACGGCA